CCCCCCCCGACUCUCUCUCUCUCUCUGGUCUCUCGCUCUCUCUCUCGUUACGCUGCGGCAGCUGCAGAAACCCUAGGUCCCUAGCCGCCAUCAUCGUGACCCCGUCGCCGUCGCCGCAUCUCCGUCGCCGUCGAUGCAUCUCCUCCGCCGUCGCCGCAUCUCUGUCUCCGUUGACCUUUGUUAGGGCGUUGUUCGGGAAAAAGCUCCCGCGAUCGUCAUUUCUCUGAUCUUUGCUCGUUCGGUUUUGUAUCGGGACAGUUUUUGUUCAGGAGCUGUAAUUUGAAUUUUGUUACACCAAGCCAAGUUGGUAUUGGAAGUCAUCUUGAGUUGGAGAAGUCUUCCUGAGAUAGAAAUGCAAACAAAGAAAAAAAAUUCUGGAGGAAGUGCUGCUUGUGGGCAUGCCAGUCCAGGGUUUCAAGAGCUCAGCAGAAGCUAUCUGAAAAUGUACAAGGUGUGGAAAAUAAAAUUAAAGACUUGAUUACAUCUACAGCUACAAAACAUAGACUUGCUGGUGCUGUUCCAAAGAAGAAAAGGGAGCCUGUUGUGGCAAUGAAUUUAAAUGCUAAAUAUGAGUUGUUGCGUAAUGAGACUCCUGAUGUUUGUUUGGGGCAUGAUGUGGUUGGUGGUGCUUCCUUGGAUUGCAAGAGUUGCAAUGAGGAAACUGCUAAUUGCAUGAUGGAAACCAUAUUUUCUCCAUCCUUUCACAUUUCUAAACAUGCUGGAGGGGAAAUUGCCAAUGGAGUUGAUUUUGUCAAAUACUUUAGGACUGGAGACCAGAGUCAAGAUCGUGAGACAGAAUACCCCCAGGUUGAUGUGUUGAAUGUUCAUAAAGAAACUUCUGAAUCGCUUAUUGGGGAAGAGACUAAUUAUCCAGAGCAGACAGUGACCUUCCCUGCAGAUAUGGAUAUAGAUAUAAAAACAUCAUCCGAAAUUUUGAAUUCCGAGAGACUUGGAGAUCAGAUGAAAACCAUAGGUAGAAAUGAUAUAGAUUCUUGUUGUCAUGUGGAUUUGGAGGGAGCAAGUCUUUCAUCUGAAGUUUCAGCCAUCUAUCUUGCCAUGAAGAAUUCUAAGCUUGAAUGCAUCGAUGAACAUGGUCAAGAUUCUAUGUCAGCUGAUGUUUAUGUGGAGGAUGAUCAAUAUGAGGAAUUUGAUGACUUUGAUCCUUAUGUUUUCAUAAAGAAUUUACCAGACUUGUCAUUAGUUGUUCCAACUUUUCGCCCCAUGCUACUGCCAAAACAAACGCGGAGUUGCCCGCCUACUACUCUUGUUUUGGACUUGGAUGAAACUUUGGUGCACUCCACCCUAGAACCUUGUAAUGAUGCAGACUUCACGUUUCCUGUAAAUUUUAACCUCCAAGAGCAUACAGUCUAUGUUCGAUGUCGUCCUCAUCUCAGAGAUUUCAUGGAUAGAGUUUCCAGUCUUUUUGAGAUUAUUAUAUUUACAGCUAGUCAAAGCAUUUAUGCAGAACAGCUACUGAAUGUGCUUGAUCCAAAGAGAAAGGUAUUUCGUCAUCGCGUUUACCGAGAGUCCUGUGUUUAUGUGGAUGGGAAUUACCUCAAAGAUUUGUCAGUUCUUGGUCGUGAUCUGGCACGUGUUCUCAUAAUUGACAACUCUCCACAGGCUUUUGGGUUCCAAGUCGACAAUGGAAUACCGAUUGAAAGCUGGUUUGAUGAUCGAUCAGAUAAAGAACUGCUUUUAUUACUUCCGUUUUUGGAGAGCUUGGUUGGAGUUGAAGACGUUCGGCCAUUGAUUGCAAAGAAAUUCAACCUUCGGGAGAAAAUAGCUGCAGCCGUUUGUCCUCUAAACUCAAGUAGAGGAGAUCCUUUUGAAAGAGUUGUGGCGCAGAAAGUGAAGGAAGCUGAAAUCACCGAGCAGGAUUCGCUUCUUCUGACGAGGAACCUGCUCCGCAUUGCUAUAUUCAAUAUUACCUACAUCAGAGGCCUAUUUCCAGAGAAAUACUUCAAUGAUAAGUCUGUUCCCGCUUUGGAGAUGAAGAUCAAAAAGCUCAUGCCGAUGGAUGCAGAGUCUCGCCGACUGAUUGAUUGGAUGGAGAAAGGUGUAUACGAUGCAUUGCAGAAGCAGUAUCUGAAAACGCUUUUGUUCUGCGUUUGUGAGGCCGUAGACGGACCAAUGAUUGAGGAAUAUGCAUUUUCUUUCAGUUACUCCAAUUCUGAUAGCCAGGAGGUUUCAAUGACUCUCAAUCGCACUGGAAACAAGAAACAGGGUGGAACAUUCAAGUGCACCUCCACGACCGAGAUUACUCCAAAUCAGAUGAGGAGUUCUGCUUGUAAAAUGGUUCGGACACUGGUUCAGUUGAUGAGAACUCUGGAUAGGAUGCCUGAAGAGCGUACGAUUCUCAUGAAACUGCUCUACUAUGAUGAUGCGACUUUAAAUAUAGAUCGGGAAGCUAAUUAUGCAGUUCUGACAUUAUCUGCAUAUAACCUCAAUACAUUUGUAACUCUUGUGCCUGCGGAUUAUGAGCCUCCAUUCUUCAGAGGCUGCACGGAAGAAGAAGCUCAUAAUCCAUGGACCAAAAACCCUUUGAAAAUGGAGGUUGGGAAUGUGAAUAGCAAACAUCUCGUAUUGGCUCUCAAGGUAAAGAGUGUGCUCGAUCCCUGUGAGGAUGAAAAUGAAGAUAUUCAGGAUGAUGAAGUGAGCCUUGGAGCUGAUUCUGUUCUGAAGGAUGACUACUCUGAUUCUGACAGCGAGGAUCCAGAGGAAGAUGAAAACCAACUGGCCCGAGUUAAGGACUGGAUCAACUGUCGUCACGUCGAUACUGUUGGGCUUACUGAUGUUCUCUCAAAUUUUCCGGACAUCUCUAUGGUUUUGAGCGAAGAAAUCAUGGAAAAGCUUGUUAAGGAAGGUGUUCUAUCGAAAACUGGAAGGGACAGUUAUGCCAUUAACAAGCAAAGGGUUGCUUUAUCUUCUCCAGCCCAUUUUUUAAUUGCACCGAAGGACUCUAGUUACGAGUUCACAAUGGUGAAGGAAGAAAUAGAUGGGCAAGUAGUUCCUGUUGGUGGCAAAAUCCCCCAGGUCGAAGAUCACAUGUAUAUGAAGGCUUUGUAUCAUGCUCUUCCGAUGAAAUACAUAACCGUUUCGAAGCUUCAGAGCAAGCUCGAAGGAGAAGCCAACCAGGCCGCUGUUCGCAAAAUAAUCAAUAAAAUGACUAUAGAUGGUUUUGUUGAAGCCAAAGGCAACCGAAGGCUAGGCAAGCGCGUGAUCCGUUCUGAAACGACUAAGAAAAAGCUGCUAGAAGUCAACAAAGUCUUCAACACUACGGCUAUGGAAGUUGAUACUAACGAACCACAUAACAAGUCCAACCAUGUAGAGUUCCAGGCUAUAGGGAAUAACGACAAGGACAUGUCCACUUGUGGUGUCCUACACUCCAUCGGAUCAGAUCUCACCCGCAUGAGAGUGAGAUCUGACCUAAAUGAGAAUGGCCCGAUCAGGAGCGAGCAGACAAUUUCAAAGAGAAAGGAGCAUGGAAACACCCCCACAAGUAGGGUCGAGGAGCCAGUAGCUUCAAGAGAAAGUUUUGUGCCAGGGUACGAGACUGGAAGACUAAACGGAAACACAAAUUUGUGUGAUGAAGUUGAUGCGGUUAUCUGCAGUAGGCCCAGUCAAGACAAGCGAUCCAGAAAAACAAGCAUGGUGAAGGAGCCUAUUGUCCAGGAUGUGAAGCGCCAAAAAUCUCAGGAUACGGAGACCGAGACAAAGAAUCAGCGACUGAAGCACCUAGGGUUCGUUAGGAUGGCGGCGAUUCACACGCUGGUGUGCGCGUCGAACCUUUACGAUUACGCGAAGCAGAACUCGGGGUCUCUGCGAUCCACCGUCGGCACUGUAGAGGGUGCCGUGACCACCGUUGUGGGCCCGGUUUACGAUAAACUCAAGGGCGUGCCCGAUGAUCUCCUUGUUUUUCUUGAUAAGAAGAUAGAUGAAACUUCACAGAAGUUCGAUGAGCAUGCUCCACCUUUGGCGAAGCGGGUUGUGAGCAAAGCUCACGUUUUAAUUCAGAAGGCAUCUGAAAAGGCUCAAAAACUGGCAAAGGAGGCUCAAAUUGGUGGUCCUCGUGCUGCUGUGCACUAUGCUGCUUCAGAGUACAAGCAGUUUCUUCUGUCGCAAAGUGUGAAGAUGUGGAAUGGACUGAACCAGUUUCCACCAUUGCACGUGGUGGCUGGGAAGGCUGGGCCUGCGGCUGCUCAUUUGUCGGAUAAGUACAAUCACGUGGUGAAGGACAUGCAGAAGGGCUACCCUAUCUUUGGGUAUUUGCCUUUAGUUCCUCUUGAGGAGAUUUCCAAGGCAGUUAAGCAGAAUGGGUAUGGAGAGAAAGGAGAUGCAGCAGCAGCAGCAGCAGCAGCACAUAAAUCAGACUCUUCUGAUUCAGAUUAAAAGAGUUCAUGUUUCGUUCAAAUUUGUUUUGCAUCUCAUUGUAAUCUGUUCCUUGGGACCUAGUUGGGUACAUGGGCGUGGGAAAUGUGGCCUGGUUUUUAAUGUAAUUGACUUUUCGUCUGUGUUUCAACUUCUUUCCAAGUAUGAAUGAAUGUGGUUGGUUGGUUGGUUUCAAAUGUACCUGGAUUUUGUGGUUCAGAACUUCAGAUGGAUGUUGGUUUGUGUUCUCCUCUA